AAGUCCCUGAGGCGAAGAGAGUAGACGCUUAUCUUCCGCUCCUGAAAAUUUUCUUUAAAAAACCUUUAAAAAUGGCAAGUGGCCUCAGCUCCCGUGUGAUCAGCCGAAACAUCACAAGGACGAUUCGCGGGCCAUGGAACUUCGUUGCCGGCAAGCGUUGUCUGCCAGUCGAUAGUCCUGGAUCAAUGAAGGUUCUUGAGCCUGCCUCCGGAGAGCUGCUUUGCGGAGUACCCAUCUCUGGAGUGGAAGAGGUCAACCGAGCUGUUGGAGUUGCUAAAGGAGUAUUUGCAACGUGGAGUAAACUUUCAGGAAGAGAAAGAGGAGAAAAGCUGUUACGAGCAGGACAGAUUAUCAGGGAAAACCUAGAAGAUAUAUCCAGGUUGGAGGUGCAAGACACAGGGAAACCUAUUUGGGAAGCGCGUCUGGAUAUUACAUCCUGCGCUGAUGCUCUGGAGUACUAUGGGGGUCUUGCUCCCUGUAUUGUUGGUCAGCACGUCCCAUUACCCGGAGGAUCCUUUGCCAUGGUACAAAAGGAGCCGCUUGGAGUAAUUGGAGGUGUUGGCGCAUGGAAUUUCCCCAUGCAGACCUGCAUUUGGAAGGUUGCUCCAGCUCUGGCCUGUGGGAAUACUUUUGUGUACAAACCCUCGCAGUUCACGCCGGUGACAGCAGUAACCUUGGGGGAGGUCCUGGCCGAUGCAGGGGUACCAGAUGGAGUGUAUAAUGUUGUUCAGGGAGAAGGACAGACAGGAGCCUAUCUGUGUGAACAUCCAGAUGUCGCCAAGUUAUCAUUCACGGGAUCUGUCCCAACUGGCACAAAGGUAAUGACAGCGGGAGCACAAGACAUCAAAGCCGUGACGCUGGAACUUGGAGGAAAAUCGCCACUCAUUAUCUUCCCAGACGCUGACAUGAAGAAUGCGGUCAAAGCCACCCUCAUGGCAAACUUCUUGUCCCAGGGUCAGGUUUGCUCCAAUGGAACCCGAGUGUUUGUCCAUAGGAGUAUUGCUGCAGAGUACCUCAAACAGCUGGUAACUGCAACUGAAAAGCUGAAGAUUGGUGACCCCUUUGCUGAAGACACAACCGUGGGGGCAACCAUCCACGAGGACCAUGCCAAAAAAGUGCUGAGUUACAUCGACAGUGCCAGGCAGGAGGGUGCAACUGUUUUGUGUGGAGGAGAAAGGGUGUUGCUGAAAGGAAAGUUGGCUGGAGGUUGGUACCUUUCACCGGCAGUCCUUACAGAUUGCCGAGACGACAUGAAGGUAGUGCGAGAGGAGGUCUUUGGCUCUGUUGCAUCCGUGCUAGAGUUCGACACCGAAGAAGAAGCAGUUAAGAGGGCAAACGAUACCAUAUUCGGACUCGCUGGUGCCGUUUUCACAAAGGACAUUCAAAGGGGACACCGAGUGGCUAAUGCCAUCGAAGCAGGAACAGUCUGGAUCAAUACCUACAACUUGUAUCCAACCGAGGUUCCCUUCGGUGGCUACAAGCACAGUGGAAUUGGCCGAGAAAAUGGGUUAACGGCGGUUGAUUAUUUCACACAGACACGCACUGUCUAUGUGGAGAUGGGUGAUGUUGAUUGUGGAUUACUCUACCAGGAUUAGGAGAUUCUAGUUUCGUUGUAUGCUAAUUGAUUGAAAGGCCACACAUAUUUUGUGCAAUUUUGUUAUAAAAUCUAUAUGAAAUAUUUUUAUACUUUCAUAGAGGUAUAUAUAUAUAUACAGUGUAGUUUAAGUUUAAGAUGAAACUUGUAUCUCACACUUUUUCUUCUCAUUUAUUUUGACUUAUAUUUAUGUGAAAAGAAAUUUUGAUGUUAUAAAUUUAGUAAUAAAUCAUGUGCCAUAUUUCAAUGUAAUUUACAAAAAUGAAAUGAGGAGGAAGCCAGGAAAUCACAGCCGAGGGUAAAGCUCAGUGGUAAAGAAUACACAGGAGAUAGAGUUGGUGUUUCUUGAUAUGUAGUAAGGGAGAUACAUGUGAAAAUAUAAAACUUUAACCGAAAGUGUGUGUGUAAACGGUACUGACAGUGGGAUUAAGGGUCAAAGUAGAUUGCAUUCAUCUUUGGUCAAGUUGUGUCAGAGUGAAAUGUGUUGGUGGAUUUCAGUCUUGUUUGUUGCGGGUUUUCUCAGUAUAUUUGACAUUCCCUUCCUUGUUAUUUUCUUUGAUAUUUUAGGUAAAUGUUUUGUUAACAUGAAGAUUCUAAUAAAUAUUAAUUUGCA